AUGAGUGACACGUGUGCCAUUAAGGAUAAGGAAAGGGAAGUAAUGGUGGGUUUCAUUGAUAUAUACAGGAAGCAUGUGGCUUUGUGGAAGGUGAAAUCAAAAGAAUACUCAAACAGGAAUUUAAGAAAUAAGGGUAUAGAUGAACUGCAUGGAAAGCUACAAGAACUUGACCCACAUUGUACGCGGGAUGAUGUGAUGAAAAAAAUAAAUUCUCUCCGUAGUUCGUUUAGAAGAGAACUUCGAAAGCAUGAGAGCUCUAAAAAGUCUGGAAGUGCAACUGAUAACAUCUACACGCCCACUCUCUGGUAUUUUGAAGACAUGAUGUUCAUAUGUGAUCAAGAGAUGCCACGAGAGAGUACAUCAAAUAUGGAAUGUGUUAAUGAAGAGGAUAGUUUCGUGAUCCCUGACCGUGUUGCAAACCUGCUACAUAAGGAUCUGCAGUUAAGCCUGGCAAAAUCAUUUUGCACAUUCUAUCCUCCCUAUGGAAGCAGUCCUCUGGGGAAUAGUCUGAAGGGCAUGCUUUCCGCAAAUAGUUAUGUAGCACAACACAUGCCAUGACAACUUUGUCAAUACUUGUCAAUUUGAGAUUUAUACAAGUGUGGAAAAUUCUAAACCUGGAAGCCAUAAUGCCGAAGGCAUUUUCUGCCACUCUCCGUGCCCUUGACAGCCUGUAGUUGAAUACUCGCGUCUCACUAUGUAGGUCCUUUUGAGAAUAAGGUUUCAAGAAAUCUGUCCUUAAUGCAAAGGCCUCAUCUCCCACGAAUACAUAUGGCAAAACACAAUUUGAAGUAGCUGUUACUGACUCAUGUGGGAUGCAGAGCUUUUCAUCUUUGAGUCGCUUACCAAAUUCUGUAUUAUCAAUGACUCCUCCAUCUGAUACGCGACCAUUAGUUCCAAUGUCUGCCAUAAUGAAUUCGUAGUUCGCAUUUACAACUGCCAUUAACACAAGACUGUUGUAUCCUUUGUAAUUCCAAUAAUAAGACCCUGAUUCUGAUGGCGGCGUUAUCCAUACAUGCUUUCCAUCAACAGCACCGAGACAGUGGGGAAAAUUCCAUCUAAACUCGAACUGUUCUCCAACAGUCUUCCACUCCUUUUCUGUUGCCGGAAACUGAAA